AUGUAUGAUGUUGAGCACUUUGAAGGUAUUCUAGGACUUUGUGCUAUUGUACUUGCAAGUCCAUAUGAUAUUCCGAGUCAUGUACCAAAAGUAUUGAUGCAACUUUGUACACAUUCUCAUGAUCCUGAUUUAAGACAAAAAUCAAUAAAACAAUGUGUCUCUGAUUUUCGUCGUACGCAUCAUGAUUCAUGGCAUUAUGAACAUCGGCAACACUUUACCGAUGAUCAACUUGUCAUUUUAGCCAAUAUGUUCACUUCUCACAAUUACUAUGCGUAA